CGCAAUCUGGGCAGAACAGAACUGCGUUGUUCGGGUCUGAAAAUACGUGUAAAGUGUGUUCAAAAUAAACAGGAUGGUGGAGGAAGUUGUGGCAGCCCCAGAUACUGUCUCCCAUGAAGAAGAAGAAGAAGAUGAAAAGUACUUGUAUGAUGAUAAUCUUGAAUCCAAGGAGAAAGAUGUGGUAAAAGAAGUCAACGACUCGGAACAAAUUAAAGGGACUAGUAACAGAGAUGCUGAGCCAAGCAAAGAACCCAAGAAUGAAGAGGAAGACGAUGAUGGUGAAUUCGAAGAGUCGGACGAUGAUGAUGAUGACGAUAAUAUACAAGUUCAUAUAGGUGAUGUAAAUACAUCAGCCACUGGUGCAUAUGGCACCCCUCUCAGUUGGAAGAAAGAGGGUACAGCUUUAGGUGCUGUAAAAGCAGCCACCCUUCCUACACAGGGUCAAAAGAAGAUAGAUGUAAACACUGUUGGUUUAAUUAAUGGUCAACCCAUUUAUGAGUACGAUCUGGAUACUGAACAAGAUGAAAAGCCAUGGAGAAAGCCAGGUGCUGACAUUAGUGAUUAUUUUAAUUAUGGAUUUACUGAAGACACAUGGAAACAAUAUUGUGAAAAACAAAGACGAAUGAGAUUAGACAGUCAACGUGGCCCAUAUACUGUUACUGCAGCAAACCCUGUCGCUAAUGCUGCACAAGUUGAAAUAGAAGUUUUACCAGAUGGAAGGACGCGGGUGAAAGCAGGUCCUCCACCGGACCGUAAAGUUGAAGGCUCUAUUCACGUUCUUGGUUCUGAUGCUGACGCACGUCGAAAACAGAAAGAAGACGAGCUGUUGGCGUUAGCUCUUGGUUCAUCACAUGUCAUGGCUCAACCCCCAUUUCCAGGACAACGACCUUUAUACACAACAUUGCCUAACGGCGCUGUGGUGUAUAAUCCGCUGGCUGGCCAGCAAAUGUUGCAACCAACCAGUUCGAAAGGCGAGACCACUGGCAUGACAGCGGAUUCUCAAAAUUCUUCGCAAGGUCAACAAAUACAAUCUAUAGGCGCACCAUCUAUGAUGACGUCAGUCAUGCCACCAGCCUUUCAAUAUCUGCCACAUGGCGGUCCAGGUUUAGGAGGGAUUCAACCUGUUGCUGGUGGAUCACAAAUAUUUCCGCCGCCAAAUAUGGACAACUUUGUGCACCCUGGAAUGCCUUCCUCCGGUUACGCUGGCCAGUUUGGACAUAGUGAUAGUGAUUUUGACAGCGACGGAGAAAACAGACGCCAUAGGAGUAGGCGCGAAUCAUCACGACACAGACGGCAUCGAGACAGAAGUGAUCGUGACAGAAGUGAUCGAGACCGUGAAAGAUCCUCAAGAAGAGACCGUGACCGUUCUGAGUCAAGAAGAAGUCGAGAUCAUUCAAAAUCAUCUUCUGACAGACACCCGUUUGGCAAAUGUGAAUACUUAAUUUUAAAUAAUUCAGCACUCACAAAGAUGUAAACAAAACUUGUAUUUUAAACAGACUGGUUUAUUUUUUGGGGCUAAUAUGUUGUCGUUCUGUAAAGUUUUUAGAUGAAAGUUCACAGUUUUGUCUGAGAAAAAUAUCAAAUUUUUAUAACUCUACGAAUAUUUUCAAUUUUAAAAAAUUUUUAGUUUUGACUGUUUUCUUAUCGUGAUAGAUCUAACAUUUAAAUUGAUUUAUAGAUUUUAUCGAGCAGACCGAGCCUGGUCUUAAAAAUCAACACUCACCAUGAACUUUUAUUGCAGAACAGUUUGCCUCUUAAGUUAAUUUCCGCGAAUUUUGCGACAAAAGGAAUUUGAUGACGGAUUUUUUCAAUUUACACCGUUUUUUAGACUGCUGAAGUAAAAUAUUUAAGAAGAAAGAAAAAAUGUAAAUCUUUCGAAAAUUAGUUUUUGCAUAAACUUAAUUUCGCGAAAAGUUUUUUUAAAUUUCGUAGAAAUAACUUCCCCGAAUUUAAAAAUGUAUUUCUUUCAAAAGUAAUCGGUUUCUCUGUUUAACUUUUAUCCAUUUUUC